AUGAGUUGCACAAUUGAGCGAGCCUUGGCAGAUGCCAAAGCUCUGGUGGAGCGGCUAAGGGAACAUGACAACGCAGCAGAAGCCCUUAUUGAACAGACGACAGCUCUUAACAAGCGGGUUGAAGCAAUGAAACAGUACCAAGAAGAAAUUCAAGAGCUCAAUGAAGUAGCAAGACAUCGCCCUCGGUCAAUGUUAGUGAUGGGUAUCCAGCAAGAAAACAGGCAGAUUAGGGAAUUACAACAGGAAAAUAAAGAACUACGCACGUCUCUUGAAGAACAUCAGUCUGCUUUGGAACUCAUAAUGAGCAAGUACAGAGAACAGAUGUUUAGGUUGCUUAUGGCAAGCAAAAAGGAUGAUCCAAGUAUAAUAAUGAAGUUAAAAGAACAACAUUCCAAGGAGCUGCAAGUGCACAUGGACCAGAUCACAGAAAUGGCAGCAGUGAUGAGAAAAGCCAUUGAAAUUGAUGAAAAGCAGGGCUGUAAAGAGCAGGAACGUAUCACUCAGCUCGAGCAGGAAAACAAAGGCUUGAGAGAAAUUCUGCAGAUAACUAGAGAAUCAUUUCUGAACCUCAAGAAAGAAGAUGCAUCAGAGAGCACAUCCCUGUCAGGAUUAGUAACAAGCAGUGAUUUGAGCCUGAGGAAAAGCUGAAGACUAUGGAAGUCAACAAGCUUCAGUUGCACACUUUACAGAGUAUCAGGGGGUCACUUGUCAAGCACUUGUUACUGAAUAGGGCACCAGCAAGAUAAUGCAUCUGAAACUCCAGUUUAGUGGCUUUUAUACUGUGUAAAAUGAAAUCUGUGUUCUGCAAAAUCCUUAGCGACAGAUCGAUUGCCAUAGAUCUGACUUCAGUGGGAAAUGGAUUAGUGCACUUACUGAAUUGGGAAUUAUUUUUAUAUUAACUCAUUUUACAGAUAAGACAAGCUUUCACAUUAUUUAUAUAAAUUCUUGCUCAUACA